UUAGUACCUUUCCGUGUGCAGUGCACUGCUAAAUAAAAAAACAUAUGUUGCAAUUAAUUAACAACAAUCGCGCGAACAAGUUGUCUGCGGGCGGACGUAUUUUGUUUUGUUGUUACUUAGGAAGCAACCUAGACAUUCCGUUGAAUUCGCCACUCAAACCGGCAUUACAACAUUGUUACAACUAGAGCAACAACAACAAAUUGCCGCCCAAUUGCCCCAUUAAUCGCAGAUUCACAGAAGAGCCGAGCGCAGUAGGAAGACAGUACCCCAGCCGAAGCUAUGGACCACGCCACACAUCAUGACCACGCGGGCAUGCAUCACGAUCACAACGCAAUGGCAGAUGCAGUGGGAGCCACCGCCUCGUCCUCCGAUGCUGGGUCCAUGUUCGACAUGGUGCCCGACAUGAACGACAUACAUGCAGCCCACACCGGUCACGCUGGACACGCAGGUCACAACCAUGGCGGUGGUUCUGGCACGGGAAUGGAGCACAUGAUGCCCAUGGCGUUCCACUUCGGAUACAACGAGACGAUCCUCUUCUCCUGGUGGCACAUCGAAACGGUGGCCGGUCUGGUUGGCUCCAUGAUCGCCAUCUUCCUGAUGGCCCUGAUGUACGAGGGCCUGAAGUACUACCGGGAGUAUCUCUUCUGGAAGACGUACAAUCUGCUGGAGUACCGCCCGGUUACCGGGCCCCAGAGGAAUCCGGAGGCGCCACGGAUUCCCUCGCCGGCGGCGGCAGCUCCCUCGCCCGUGCAAUACGUGGGCGAAGUUGUGCACAAGCAACCACCUUCGAUGCUGUCGGUUAACCACCUGCUCCAGACGCUGCUGCACGUGCUCCAGGUGACCCUGUCCUUCCUGCUCAUGCUGAUCUUCAUGACCUACAACGUGUGGCUCUGCCUGAUGGUCGUCCUGGGUGCCGCCGUUGGGUACUUCCUGUUCUGCUGGAAGAAAUCGGUCAUCGUGGACGUCACCGAGCACUGUCACUAACAGAGGACCACCGGAAGCCUCAGCCGGCGAUGUCUCACACAGGAGGAAGAGGAGGAGGAGGAGGCACAAGCGGAGGCGGACCAGGAGCAGAUGUCCAUCUGAACGGAAGGCGGAGGCGUUGGUGCUAGGCUGGAAUUCCCGAAAGCUCUCAUCCCCACAGAAAACACACACUUCAACUUCAACACACCCUGCUACUUGCUAUUCUCUAGCUAUAUUAGCCUAUAACUAACUCUUUAGCUGGAUUGUAAACGAUGCGGCGGCAUCUGAAUAUCUGAAUAUCACAGCCUACAGCCGUUUACAGUCCAGCCUUUAAGUCCCGACACCAAGAUCAACUAUGUAAACGAUUUUCCCGGAAGGAAUUCCAGGCAAUCGUUGUUAUAAGUCGAAAGUGUAUAGUAAACAAGAGAACAAAUUGAGCGAAUUGUAUAAAGUUAAGCAAUGCAUAUAUAACUUUUUCUGUUGGUACUCAAUCUAUGUUCGCAGGAUUCCCCCAAAAAGCAAAUAUUUUUUUUAUCACUAUUAUUAUAUACCAUUUUUGUAUCCCUAUUAUACGAUUAUGAUUAUUAUUAUUGUUUGGUAAUAAAAUCCAUUCUUUUUAUAUUUCACUUUUAUUUGUUAGCCCCUGAAAAGACAUGUUUGUUAAAUUUGGCUUUCUUGUGAAAUGUCAACCAAGCCACGAAUGUUGUAAAUUUGAAUAAGUGCUUCAACAGUGCGUUUCACAAGUGUAAUUCGGUUAACCAAAAAGAUUGUAGGCCCCAAAAAGCUGGUUGGCAUUGAUUUGUGCUUGCAUUUACGUGUUGUUUAAACAACUAAUAUUACUUUAGGCUCCAAAAUUUAACACAAUUAUCUAAUUCAUUUUAACGCUUCCCCAUUAUUCCCACACCCGACUUUUAAUUGUUGUCUGUUCUUUCAACUGACUGUCUGCGAAUGGUUCAUCACUUGGAAAAUUACUUGAUUUUUGCUCAUCUCUUAAAUGGCCUUUGUAAAUGCUUUCCUAUAAAGAUGUCCAUCUAAAACAUCGCAACAGGCUUCCAAAGCGGCCACCCAUUCUGCCUUAAUGCCCCGAAACGCACUGUAUCUAGCAUAUAUUCACCCCCUCGAUCAGCUUGCAUAAAUAGAUGUUGUAGAUAUUACAUUUAAAGCAAAUACAUACAGUAAAACGGCAACAAAUUUAUAAAUAUUAUUAAUAUUAAAUCUACCUAUACAUUAAUAAAUAUACAAAC